AUGGCUGGACCAACACCUCUCCGCCAUGAUCCCGCUCUCGAGAAAUAUAACCAAUUGAACAAAGAGCGGUGGAGAUACUUCCGCUGGACCCCUCGCACAGCUUUCAUUUCCUUCAUGUACGCCAUAUUUGUACCUUCGGUCGUUGGAUACGCCUUUGCAAAAACAGAUGGCAAAUGGGACAUGCGCGCGAAGCUCAGGGGUGAUACAAUCAGCGAGUUCUAA